AUGGCUAGUGCUAAGAAACCCCGUAAUCAAAAGGCUGGAACGCCGGACGUAGACGAUCCUGCUGUUAAGUACACUAAGGAUGUUUCAAAUUUCAAACAACUCAGUCAAAACUGGCUUUUGAGAGAUAAACCAGAUACAGCUGGCAAAUAUCAUACUUAUUGUACUAUUGUGACCUUGAUUGCAUUGGUAGCAAGAUUUUACAAGAUUUGGUACCCAAAAGAGGUCGUUUUUGAUGAAGUCCAUUUCGGUAAAUUUGCUUCAUAUUACUUAGAAAGAACGUUCUUCUUCGAUGUUCAUCCCCCAUUUGCUAAGAUGAUGAUCGCUUUUAUUGGUUGGCUUACAGGCUACGAUGGUUCUUUCAAGUUUGAUGAGAUUGGAUACAGUUACGAAACUAACCCAGCCCCAUACUUGGCCUAUCGUUCUUUCAAUGCCAUAUUAGGUACUUUAACAGUCACCUUGGUGUUCAACACACUCAAAGAACUAAAUUUCAAGGCUGUUACUUGUGCUUUUGGUGCUCUAUUGGUCGCAAUUGACAAUGCACAUGUCACUGAAACAAGAUUGAUUCUUUUGGAUGCAAUCUUGAUCAUCGCCAUAGCUGCUAGUUUCUACUGCUAUGUACGCUUUUACAAGGUUCAGUUAGUCGCCCCUUUUUCAUCCUCUUGGUAUUUCUGGCUCUAUGCAACUGGUAUUUCUCUAUCCUUUGUUAUGUCUACCAAAUAUAUUGGUGUUAUGACAUAUGCAGCUAUAGGUACUGCUGUAGUUGUUAACUUAUGGCAAUUGUUGGAUGUCCGUGCGGGACUAAACUUAAGAACUUUUAUGAGACAUUUCAGUAGAAGACUCAACGGUUUAGUACUCAUUCCAUUCGUUAUUUACCUAUUUUGGUUUUGGGUUCAUUUUGAAAUUUUAAAUACUUCCGGUCCAGGUGAUCCCUUUAUGUCAUCUGAAUUCCAAGAAACUCUCUUUGAUUCAGUUUCAACUAUAGACUCCAAACAAGUCAAUUUUCAUGAUAUUGUGACUUUCAAACAUACGGAUACUGAUGCAUUUUUACAUUCACAUUUGCUCAAUUAUCCUUUGCGUUAUGAAGAUGGUCGUAUAUCAUCUCAAGGUCAACAAGUUACUGCUUACGCCUUCGAGGAUGCAAAUAAUCAAUGGGAAAUCCUACCAGCUAGAGGAAAUGAAAACAAUGAAAUUGUCAAGCUGAAUGAACCAAUAAGAUUAAGACAUGUUGCUAGUAACACAUAUUUGCUAGCCCAUGAUGUUGCAUCCCCAUUAUUCCCUACAAACGAAGAAAUAACCACGAUUUCUGAAGAGGAAGCUAACGGUGAAAGAUACAAGGAAACAUUAUUUACUUUCCAACCAUUGAAGAAAGGCGAUGAAGGUCAUGUUCUGAAAUCUAAAAUGGCUAGAUUCCGUAUAUUCCAUUUGGAUACUGCAGUUGCUUUGUGGACACAUAAUGAUGAAUUUUUACCUGACUGGGCGUUUAAUCAGCAGGAAGUUAAUGGUAACAAAAAAAUCACCGAGCCAUCUAAUAACUGGUCAGUCGAUUCCAUUGUUAAUUUAUCUGAAGAGAGAAAGAAAUAUGUCCCCAAGGUUGUCAAGUCAAUGCCAUUCCUAAGCAAAUGGUUAGAACUUCAGAAGAACAUGUUUGUUCAAAAUAACAAGUUAUCCUCCGAGCAUCCAUUUGCGUCUCAACCCGAAUCUUGGCCUGGCAGUUUAAGUGGUGUCUCAUUCUGGACUAGCGAUGAGGAGAAAAAACAGAUAUAUUUUAUUGGAAAUAUAGUUGGCUGGUGGUUACAAGUCAUUUCAAUAUGUGUCUUUGUUGGUAUUGUAUUAGCCGACAUGAUAACAAGACAACGUAGCUUUUUCGCAUUAAAUAAAAUCACAAGAGAAAAGCUAUAUGGUCCAAUUUCCUUUUUCUUUGCAGGUUGGGUAUGCCAUUAUUUCCCAUUCUUCUUGAUGGGUCGUCAAAAGUUCCUUCAUCAUUACUUACCUGCUCAUUUAAUUGCCUGCAUGCUCACUGCGGCAAUAUGGGAAGUUAUUUUCAGUGAUUGUAAAUCAUUACGUGUCACAAAGGAUGAAGAAGAAGCCGGGGCCGCAUUUGACAAAGAUCCAAAAAUAUACAGCCUUCCGUUAAACUGUUUUUUCUUCAUUGCUGCAGUUGCUGUAUUCUCAUUCUUUGUUUACUUCGCUCCUCUAAUAUAUGGUGAUGUUAGCUUGUCACCAGAGGGAGUGGUCGCUAGACAGUGGCUAGAUAUCAAGCUCAAUUUUGCCAAACAAUAG